UGUGAGGGCGGGAUGAUGGAGAAUACCAAGUGACGACGACCAGACGGGUUCCGUGUUCUACACCCAAUACGAAUUCACACAGCAAGCAAGGAAAUGAGGUUUCAAAAUGAUUCCACAAACAUUCUAAUGGCAUCGUUGAGGACAGGCGACGCUACGCUACUGCGGGUGGAAUAUAAUAGCUUGCAGGCGGAAGUCGUGCGUGCAUGUGUUGUCGAAAAUCUCGCCAGCCUUUAAGAACAUGAAAACAAGAAGCACGUUUGAUGCCGAAGCGGUUGUAAAUCUUCGGUCUCCUUGUUAAUAGAGUGGGAUUCCACUAAAUAACUGUUUGAUCUGGUAACGCUGAAGACGCAAUUGUAUACCAUUUUGUUUUAAUGGUCAUUUUGACUGCGCGUAAACAGCGCUUGGAGGGAAGCAACGGCGUUCAGUUUUUUUCUUGAAGUAUUUCUGAAGUCGGUUUGUCAUGGAUCUUUUUUGUUUACGUUAAGUAGCCUUACCACGUCUCUCGAAUAUUCUAACGUAGCCUAAUCAUAUGCAACUUUGUGGACAGAAUCGGCGGUCACUGGAUAAAAUAGAAGUGUAUGCCGAAGAGGGUGAACCAUGGCUGGUUAGAAAGCCAACUCAGAAGUUAGAAUGACUUGGCGUGUGAAUGGCGUGGUUUAACACAGCAUCUGCACAGGUCGUUGCUGCCGACAUCUGGAAGUACAGCUACGUUUGCCUCUAUCAUAAACGCUUCUGUAAACUUAAGAAACAGCAGCUGUUUUCAUAAUGGCAGAUAGCGGUCGUGUCAAGCAAGUCAGUCCCAAUGGGAGCCCCCAUUCCGGGAGGAAAAAGGCACAGCAGUCGCCGGGCUCUAAGACGAAGUACCAGGUCAACGCUCCAGGACACUGCUUUCGGAAAGUCACCCUCACCAAACCCACCUACUGUCAUCACUGCAGUGACUUCAUCUGGGGACUGGUCGGGUUUCUCUGUGAAGUGUGCAACUUCAUGUCCCAUGAGAAGUGCCUGAAGCACGUGAGGACGGUGUGUUCCUGUGUGACUCCCACACUUGUGCGGGUGCCGGUGGCCCACUGCUUCGGUCCGGCUGGUCAGAAGAGGCGUUUCUGUUGUGUAUGCCGAAAACAUCUGGAGGGCAGCAGUGCGUUGCGCUGUGAAGUGUGUGAGCUCCAUGUCCACAGUGACUGUGCGCCCUUCAGCUGCAGUGACUGUCGCCUCUGCCACCAGGAUGGCACUCAGGACUAUGACACGUACCACCACCACUGGCGGGAGGGGAACACGGCGUCAGGGUCGCGCUGUGAGGUGUGCAGGCGCACCUGCGGCUCCUCCGACGUGCUGUCCGGCAUGCGCUGUGAGUGGUGCGGCAUCACGGCUCACGCGUCCUGUUACGUAACGGUGCGACUCGAGUGUGGCAUGGGGCGCCUCCGCAACAUGAUCCUGCAGCCGGGAUGCCUACGCAUCUGCUCGAGGAACUUCAGCAAGAUGCACCUCUUCCGCAUCUCGGAGAACUCCCAGUGCGAACUGGAUAAUCUGGACGAUGUUGAUUCUCCGACUCCCGUGGCAGCUAAAGACAACCAGUCCUCCACGCCCACUGACACAGGGAAGCAGACGCUGAAAGUGUUUGAUGGCGAUGACUCAGUGAAGCGCAACCAGUUUCGCUUGGUGUCCAUUCCACGAAUUACCAAGAAUGAGGAAGUAGUAGAGGCCGCCUUGAGGGCCUUCUACUUGCCGGACGAGCCCCAGGACUACGAGUUGCAGGUGCACGGCCAGCAGCCGGCGCUUCUCUCCGACGACAUCAUCAACCGCAACGGCACGCCCGACGACAAGUCCAUCUUCAAGGACAACCCGCCGGAUUCCUGGCUGCUCCGCGCCAAGCCGCGCCACUCCGACGUCCUGAAGAUCUACGCCGCCUGGCUCAAACUCGGUUACGUCUCCAUCACAGUUGGCAACGAGAGCACCGUGGACCAGAUCAUUAAAGAAGUCUUAACGCAGCUGGGCAAGAAGGAUGAAAACCCUGAGAACUUCAACCUUGUGGAGGUGUUUAUGAGCAGCAAACAAGUUCAAAGGCAGGUUCUGACUGGUCAGGAGCUUCUGCUGGACAAGCUUCAGGAGAUAAGGAAGAUCUCCCUGCGGCAGAUGAACCAGACGCGGUUCUACAUCGUGGAGAACCGGAACCGCGUGGUCCAGGUGAACCUGCUCCUGGGCGGUCUGCCCGCGCAGCUGUCCAAAGAGGAGUAUGCGGAACUUCUGCAGACACACCUGGAGAUCAAGAGUGAAAAGAAGGAGGGAGAUCACUUGGUCACCAUCACUCACGUUUACAGCACACAAGGCGCUGUGGCUCUUCAAAUCUCCUGUUUCUCCGAGGCCGAGAGGAUCUUCAUGCUGGCCAAAGACUCCUCCAUCGACGGCAAGCAGCUUACCUCGCUGGUCAUCCCGCAAAUCAUGACAAGCAUGCUUCCGAAGGGCGGCUGUCCCCUGCUGGUCUACGUAAACCCUAAGAGUGGAGGACUAAAGGGUAGGGAGAUACUCUACAAUUUCCGGAAGAUUCUGAACCCCCACCAAGUCUUUGAGCUGACCAAUGGAGGACCACUAGGAGGGUUACACACGUUCAGAGAGGUGCCCCGCUUCCGUAUCCUGGUGUGUGGGGGCGACGGCACAGUGGGCUGGGUGCUGGGGGUCCUGGAGGCCAUACGGCACAAGCUGGUCUGCCCUGAACCCGCCAUCGGCAUCAUCCCCCUGGGCACCGGAAAUGACCUGGCCAGAGUGCUGCGCUGGGGGGCGGGCUACAGCGGCGAGGACCCCCACAGCAUCCUGCUCUCAUUGGACGAGGCGGAGGAAGUGGAGAUGGAUCGCUGGACCAUUCUCCUGGACGCUCAGGAGAUGGCCGAGGACGGCAAAGAGAACGGCUUCCUGGAGCCGCCCAAGAUCGUCCACAUGAAUAAUUACUUUGGUGUGGGCAUCGACGCCGAGGUCAGUCUGGACUUCCACCAUGCCCGCGAAGAGGAGCCGGGGAAGUUCAACAGCAGGUUUCACAACAAGGGUGUGUAUGUUAAGGUGGGCCUGCAAAAGUUGAGCCACACACGCAGCCUGCACAAAGACAUCAAGCUACAGGUGGAUAAACAGGAGGUGGAGCUGCCCAACAUAGAAGGGCUCAUCUUCCUCAACAUCCCCAGUUGGGGCUCGGGGGCAGACCUGUGGGGCUCGGACAGCGACUCCCGCUACGGGAAACCCCGCAUAGACGACGGCAUGCUGGAGGUGGUGGGGGUCACUGGUGUGGUCCACAUGGGUCAGGUACAGGGUGGACUGCGGUCAGGGAUCCGGAUUGCUCAGGGCACCUACAUCCGCAUCACUGUGACUAAGCCCAUCCCCAUGCAGGUGGACGGGGAGCCGUGGGUCCAGUCUCCAGGGCAGAUCAUCAUUUCAGCUGCUGGGCCUAAGGUGCGAAUGCUACGGAAGUGCAAGAGCAAGCAGAAAAAACAGCCGCCUGGCAACCACAAGGAAGGGCGAUCGGAGAGCCCCGCGCCCAGCGAAGGGGGCCACUGAUGCCCCCAUGGCCACCACUACAUGCCCCCCCACCACCACCACCACCACCACCACCACCACCAACCCCCACUCCAUCCCCACUCGCCUGGACACCCAGCUCAUCGCGGAGGGGUCGGACACCCCCGGUCCAGAGCUCCUCAUAGCUACGAGAAGAAGCUGACACCCUGAGCCCAAGGAGAGAGACCAGCGUGUCCUACGCGUCUGAUUCGCUGGUGAUCUCCAGUGGUGUAGGGCUUUUUUUUAAUGUUUUGUUUUACAUGUCGUAGCUUGUGCAAAAAGUGCCACUUUGUGUCAUAUAUGGGGUGUUUUGUUUUUAUCAUUGUGUUAUGUUUAUUUUUAGUGUGAUUUUCCCUCAGAUCCACACAGUCGGUAUAUAAGUUGCGCUUACUGUAUACAAGUUGUGCUUUUUUGAAAUGAACGAGCUUUAGAAGCUUCGUGAUCCUCUGGAAUGCUUUUGAAUGCGAAUGACCCCAAAUAGGAUAGACUCCUGUGGAAUAGGCCUAUGAGACAAGUGAUGCCUUCAAAGCUGUAAAAAAUAUGAGCAGUUUAACUCACCUUAUUGUAACACCCCUUUUGUUGUCAAAUGCAUUACUUGUUCUUAACAGAUCAGGCAAUAUUUUUUAAUUUAAUUAGCAUUGUAGUCUCACAUGCAGAUAGUUUUAAGCCUGUCGUGUAGUACAUUUCUGAUCACAUAAGUAAGCCCCCUCGGAAAGCUGUUUCUUCAGUGCACACCAGUGUGAUGCCUUGCCCUCCUCCUGAUGCUCAGUAGUGAUUAUCUGUCGACCACAGCCUCCCUAAUUCAACGCACAAACAAACAACAGACCUUGGGUCUCUCUCAUUUGUCUUUUUUAUCUAUUCUCCCUUCCUACCUCGGUCCUUGUCCCCACUGAUCUAGAUAAAGAAUGAUGGGGCGGCAACUAUGGGAUAGUCUAUCUAGUGUUCUUUAUAGAUCAGUGGGAACGAGCCUUGAGGACCGAGCAUCGAGGAUCGAGGAGAGAGGUUGAGAAGGGGCCCUUGAGUUGUUCCCCCUGACAAGACUUUUUGCACUUAGACUCAUGACUCAUGGCUUUCUGACAUGGCUUUCAAGCUACCACGUCUGUACGCCGAAGCGACGCAACUCCGUGUAAAUUACCACCUACCGAACACCUCCCCUGCCGAUGAAACGGCUGUUUUUGGAAAACCGCGCGUCAUGGCCUCGCACCAGUGCUCCUCUCCCCCGCGGCGCGCCUCCUCUAACGGCUGUUUCAUCUUCUAUCUUAAGGAACUCCUGACUGCUGUAAUUAGCACUGUCAUGCGGCUUCGCGGGGCGCACCAUGACAUAGAACCUAUUCUCCUCCCUGUCUGCACACAGCUGCAGUGUAACCUUGAGAGAAGUUCGCCAAACACCCCCCCACCCACCACCUCCACCACCAACACCAUCAACCCCCCCGCCACCCCCUUCGGUUUAGAACUAGCACUAAAUGAUACUUGACAUUCCAGCUUUUCAUGUAGAAGCCAGACCAGUGUUCCAUGCCGAAAUUACCUGUUAAAUGCUGAGGUUUUUGUUUGUGUCUGUCGUUGCCGUUUUUGCUGUUGUUUCAUUCUAAAAAAAAGUGUGCGGACUAGCCAUUCCAACACUUUUUUUCUCUGGUCAGCUACGGCUGAGCAGGUUGGACCACGGCAGGUGUCUUAUUACUAUGCGGUCAGAGCGAUGAUCACGCAUGGUGGCUUGUGACGGCCCAGCGCUCGACUUAAUGCACAUGAAGAACAAACCGCUCUUUGGUGGCGCCGUUGUAUUGCAUUGUACAUUACUUGGAAUCACAUGAACGAUGUGAUGGGGUGUAGAAAAGUUGCACCAGUGACUUUAUGCACAAAAGCACAUGAGGGUUCGGGUAUCUGCGUGUGCGCGCGUGUUUUGUAAAUAUAAAUAACCGUACACAUGUUUUUAAAUGUACAGUAACGGAGUUAUUCAGGGCUUUACGAUGCAUUAUUAAUAGGCUGUGCUGAUGUUCUCGUGUUAGGCACCACAGCUGUCCACUGAUUGAUUUCUCACUGGACUGAGAUGAAGCCGAGACUCCACUCCGUUGGGAAAGUGGCCUUGGCUGACAAAGAGAGGAAAGUUACUCCGUGAGUGGACUCGCACUGUUCAGUCCACUGCCUCCCCUAGUCACACACUCCCCUCACUCCACUACCACAGUCUAGAGCCACACACACACACACACACACACACACACACACACACACUUUAGAAAUGCGUUGUCUUGUGGUGUGCGAAUGGCUGUGUCAGGGAGAUGUGACAAAGUGGUAAAGGAAAGACUGCAUCUCUUUAAAGAGUAAUAAGAGCCUCUUUCAAAUGAGGGUUUUUUUGUUCACGCAAAGGGCAGUACCUGGAUGAUCACAUUGGCAGAAUGGCAUUAUUGGGUGCUGUUAUUAGCCAACAAUCCCCCCAUACGACAGAGCUAGAUCACCUGUGCGUACACGUUUGCCACCUUGACGUUGUGCCAGUCUUUCUUUCUCCCCGUCAGCUUUCUGCAGUGUUGAGUGGUAUGGUUGGUUUACAGUUGUCCACCCUUAGGUCAUCUCACCUAAAGCACCAGCUGUGUUUUAAUGGUAGCCUACAUGUUGCUGACAUGGGUGCAGUGUGUGGGGGAAAAAAAACCCUCCUUGCUUUGCUAUAUUGUGCAUUGUGUCUGUCGCUGUGUUGGGACUCCAUAUUGGAUUAAAAGCCGUGAUGUAGCGCCUGUCUUCACCCCCCAAACUUCUAGGUCUGAUAUCCACAUGGUGCCUCAUUGAAGUGCUUCUAGAACCCCCAGCGGAAUAAACACGUGCUUAGGAAAGAAAAAAAAACAUGAUCGUUGGUAAACCCAUGUUCUAAGUGUUCUGCCAGUGCAGUGAAUAUCUUCAUUGAUAACUGUGGCGUUCUAGGUCUUAUAGAGCUAAUAAUGUGCCUGAUUUUUUUUCCCCCAUUGUGUUUUUGUUUAAUGUCAUUCAGACACAAUAUGUAGGUUAAACAGCCAAACCAUAUUAUGUAAACAAAUAUAUAGAUGUAUAUUUUUAAAGAGGAAAAAAGUUUGUUUUUAAUUUGAACUGUAAAAAAUAUUGCACUGAUUGUCAUGUUUCACAGAUGCUAAGUGUACAGUAUUGUGUCAAUGAAUGUUGAAAAAAAUAAAUGUCUACUUACAUCUA